UUAUUGACUGUUUUGCUGUUUUUGUAAGAAUUCACAAGAACAAUAGACCACGACGGUAUAUUAAAAAAAGUGCUAAAUUGUCUUUCGCGCGCGCGUAAAUAAUCUUUUCUUUUCUCCGAGGGAGUGACUACGAAAAAGUGACGUUAUUUAUAAGAAACAAUUUACUUUAAAGUUUUUGUUUUCAACGAAAUUUUCAGAAGCAAUACAUCAACGCUUCGAAAAUAAGCAUAUUUUGUUAGUAACGAAUUUUUCAAAGUUGACUGGAAGUUUUUGUUAAAAAAAGAUUCCCAAAGAACUCCUUCGUUACAACAUAAUAACCAUCAGUAAUAAUAAAAAUAUUUAGUUAAUCACACAUCGUGGAAAGUGUUGGCUCAUUUCCUCAUUUGCACCGUUAAAUUGAGGAUUUUCGUAACGCAACACCAUUCUGUAAGAAAUUAAAAAAAGAGGCGGAGAUACUCAACUCGAAUAUGUGCAACCACAAUUGGCUAACGUGGCCGCUGAUAAUUUGGCUGCUUACUUGUUGUUAUUUUUUGGUUGGCAUCGAUGGUCAGAGCGAAAAUGCUAUAGGCGCCCAUCGUGUUUUUGAAAAAACAUCCUUUUCCUGUGCUGGGCGUCCAGCAGGCUAUUACGCAGAUAUUGAGACUGGUUGUCAGGUCUAUCAUAUGUGCGAUGGCUUGGGGCGUCAAUUCAGCUACUCCUGUCCCAACACGACACUCUUCCAGCAGCGUAUGCUAAUCUGUGACCAUUGGUAUAUGGUGAACUGUUCACGGGCAGAGAGUGAUUAUGCUGCUAAUUUAUUGAUUGGCCAACGAGACAAGCCAUUUGUGAAUGAUGAGGAAAAUAGUUUACGUACACCACGUCCCGACCUCUUGGAUCGUCCGUAUGCGCCAGACUACUCUGGAGAGUCGUUUAGAAAUCAAUACAAGCAACUUCCUGCGAUUCAGAAUCAGAUACAAGAUACCGACGCCCAAAAGUUUCAGGAUAAAUUAAAUACGAUCCCACAGGCCGCGCCGGGCCAACAACAUUGGAAAAUACCGUCGCCCAGCCGCACAAUACUGCCACCAGCCUACGAAGCGCAGACCACAGACGACCGCGCUUCACAAACGAAUAGCGAUAAUGUGCGUUUUGUGCCCAAAACUGCACAGCCUACAGCGUCGUCGAAACAAACAAAGACAACAUUCAAUCGUCCAACACCCUCAAGUGUUAGCGCCAGUACACAAGUCCAGCCGAUCAAUCGUUUCAACAAUGCUGCACUGCAUCAGCGUGGUCAAUCUAACGAGCCUGAAGAUCUGGGCACGAGUCACAGCACACGUUACAAUACCUCUGCUGAUUUUAAUUCCGCCGAACAGCCAAAUAGCAAGACAGCAAGUGUGUCGAAUAAGAACAAAAUUAGUAGUUCCUUCGGUAUAGUUCCACCAGCUACCGCUUCAACCACUACAACCACUACAAGGCCGGUGACACCUACCGCCUCAAGCAAACUUACGACUAGUAGCACCAGCAGCGCGGCAAUCACAACAAAUUUACCGAUUAAAAUACCAUCGAAGGUAUACGAGCCGCCUUACGUGUAUCCCAUAUAUAAUGAAAACGAAACUGUGAGCACACAGUUACCGCUACGCGCGUCAUCUGCCACACCAUUUACAGUCUCUCCCACACUUACCAGGCUUACAUCUACCACGCCAGUACCGCCACCCAGUCGACCGACCACGCUAGCAGGGAAACCCUUUGCAGCCCCAUCAAGCGGCAUAACCACCAAGGCACCCAAUUUCGGUGGACGCAGCCAAAAUAAUUUAAUACAAAACAGUUUCACUCACAACUCUAAGGAUGUACGUACUCCAACACCAGCGCAAGGUUUCAAGCCGCCUACACCGCGUCCACUUAUUAGCACAACAACCAGUGCCACGAAAAGCACGGAGAGCUCACCAUUUGAUUACAGCAUACCCACAACGAAUCGACUACACUUGCCCACACCAAUCAUCAACACCGCAUCGUCCACAAACACAGGCACAGCUGCAGCCACUGGCAGUGACGCCACACCGCCAUCCAAAGAAUUGCUGCCACCGUACCAAGAGUUCGUGCAACACGACAUUGCCACCACACAAGGACCGCCCAUCUACUACGAGUGGAAAGUACCCUCGAAUGGACUCGAACCGCCUAAGUUAGAUCCACCGAUUGGUGUUGAUGGACGCGAAUAUCCCGAGCCAUCAUUCGAUUAUAACACCAUUAGUGGCGCAAGUGAAGGCAAAAACACACAAACCGCUAAAAGCAAUAGCUCACCGACGGAUAAAGUAGCAAGUGACAAGAGCCAAACUGCACGCACGCCCAUUUCGCGCUCCAUUAAGGAGACGGGUCAGCCAAACAGUGUGCACCGUGUAGUAAAUGUUGAGAGCACGAAAGCGACAAGCACCACGACACCAGUAGCAACAGAUCGCUCAGAUACAAUAUCAGCACCAACAUCGGAUAUCACACAGUUGCGUCGAGAUUACUCCGUGCCCGAGUAUUUAUUUCCAUUAGAAUCGGCAGGUCGCACCGGCUAUUUGUCCACGGACUCUUACAAUUCAUUCCGCCUGAAGAUACCUGAGCAUGGUGAGGAAGAGAUCGAGGAUCAUCGGCAUUGGUUUGGCGAAAAUCCGAAAUGCCCUGAAUGUCAUCCAUCCUUCGUGGUGCCGGGCACUUGUGAACCUUGCAUAAGGAGAUAAGCGCAGAUCGAAGCCGGUCGGCGGUCGGCGGUCUAAGAUGAAGGGUGGAGCGUUUAGUAUUUGAAACGAAAUAAGAAAUACUUUGAAAUCGUAGCAAAAUAAUGUUUUGUUUAUAUAUAAUAUAUUUUUUUGUUUGUUUGUUUUAUUUUAUUUUUAGUUUCAUUGCGUAACGGUUUAUUUUACAUAUGAAUGUAUAUACAUACAUUCAUAGCUGUAUUUAGUGGAAGAGCAGUGACUAAUGAAAUAGUAUUUAAAUAUUUGCCAGUACACUAUAGCUAUUACAUACAUACAUAAACAUAUAUAUGCAGAUAUAUAUGAAUAUCUGUCUACGUAAUCACAUACAAAUGUGCAUUAAUAUACAUAAGUAUUGCGCAAUGCUACCACAAUGUGCCUGCAGUCCUUCUCUUUCGUCAUCUGUUACACCUGAAAGCUAAACCAAACUCCUUGAUCCGAUAGGUGGCGCAAUCAUCGGCCUUAUCGGAAAGUUCGGUCUUAGUUUUCGACUUCCGUGCCCAUGUAUUUUCGCAAAAUUUUAAAGCUUUGUACAUUAAACUGACAAGCUCCAAGAACCGUUUCCACAGCGCUUCUUUUCAAUGAAACAAAUGAGCUUACAUUGUGCUGAGAGCUUAAUCCUAAUUGUGAAAGCUCAAAGCAAUUCUCAAACAGCACACUUACUUCUGAAACGUUUUUGUUGCCUUCUAAGUACUUUUAUUUCUUUUUAUUUAUAAUUUUAACAGCUUUCAUUGCAAAUGUA